UCGGAGGUGCUCUGUCGUGGGUGCCAGCGCUGGUGUCAUGUUGCCCCGCCGCUCACUGGCAGUGCCCAGGCACUCCCCUGGCUGCCCUCGCUGACACUCACUCCUGCUGGCACUGGUGACAGCUGGUGGUGAGUGCCACCAUGGCUAGUUACUCUAGCUACAUGUACAACUGCCUCACUACUGACAGCUAUGAGAACAUUCCCAGAGUACGUGUCGAGUACUAUGUCAAUGAGAAUACCUUCAAGGAGAGACUCCACUUGUAUUUCGUCAAAAACCAGCGCUCAAGUCUUAGGAUACGGAUCUUCAACCUGCUGAUCAAGUUAUUGACUUGUGUACUUUACAUAGUGCGGGUGUUUAUAGAUGAUGACCCAGUCCGUGCUAACUGCUAUGAGUGCCAGGAAAGCACGGAGGCGGUGACGUUCUUCCUGGAGUACGGGAACAAGACAGAUGAACAGUUCCAAGAAAAGCCAAUCAUCAACUGGCAAGCGGUGCUAUGGGUCAACAGGACUCUGCCUCUCUGGGCCAUCCAGGUGGCUGUGGCUCUUGUGUCUCUCUCCGAGGCUCUACUGUUGGCUUACUUAAGUUAUAAGGGCAACAUAUGGCAGACUCUUAGGUCGUUCCACUUCCUUCUGGAGCUGAUCAACACUAUUCCUUUCAUACUGACAAUAUGUUGGUCACCACUCAGGAACCUCUUCGUACCAGUGUUCCUCAACUGCUGGCUCGCCAAACAUGCGCUCGAGAAUAUGUUCAACGACCUCCACCGUGCUAUGCAGCGCUCACAGUCUGCCCUCAGCCAGCAGCUUAUGAUCCUCUCAGCCACCUUCAUGUGUCUUGUAUUUACCAGCGUGUGUGGCAUCCAGCACUUCCAGCGAGCCGGCCACCGGCACCUCAACUUGUUCCAGGCGGUGUACUACGUUAUCGUCACCUUCUCCACGGUGGGUUACGGUGACUUUGUGCCGGACAUCUGGCCCUCACAACUCUUUAUGGUUAUCAUGAUCUGCGUGGCACUCAUCGUUCUUCCAACUCAGUUCGAGCAGCUGGCGUUCACCUGGAUGGAGAGGAAAAAACUGGGAGGAACGUACUCAGCACACAGAGCGCAGAGUGAACGUCACGUUGUGGUGUGUUCGACCAACCUUCAAGCUGACACUAUCAUGGACUUCCUUAACGAGUUCUACGCCCAUCCUCAUUUACAGGAUUACUUCGUGGUGCUCUUAUCGCCGAUGGAGCUGGACCCAACGAUGAAAAUGAUCCUGCAGGUACCAAUGUGGGCCCAGCGAGUCAUAUACAUCCAGGGUUCCUGUCUGAAAGACGGAGACCUCACCCGCGCCAGGAUGAGUGAGGCUGAGGCUUGCUUCAUACUAGCCGCAAGACACUAUCCUGACAAGACCGCAGCCGAUGAACAUACCAUCCUACGGUCGUGGGCGGUGAAGGACUUCGCUCCCAACGUGCCUCAGUACGUGCAGGUGUUCAGACCGGAGAACAAAUUGCACGUUAAGUUCGCGGAACACGUCGUAUGUGAGGACGAGUUCAAGUACGCCCUGUUGGCCAACAAUUGUAUGAGCCCUGGCAUCUCUACACUAGUUACCCUACUGCUGCACACUUCCCGUGGACAGGAAGGGCAGGCGUCACAGGAGGACUGGCAUCGCCUGUAUGGGAAGUGUUCCGGCAACGAGAUCUACCACAUCAAACUGUGCGACUCCCGCUUCUUCGGGGAGUACGAAGGGAAGAGCUUCACCUACGCCAGCUUCCACUCCCACAGGAAGUAUGGCGUGGCUUUGGUAGGGGUGAGACCCGCUGAACUGCCAGAGUUCUACGAGGACACCAUACUGCUGAACCCCGGCCCCAGACACAUCAUGAAAAAGACAGAUAUGUGCUUCUACAUGAGCAUUACCAAAGAAGAAAACAGUGCCUUUGUAGUGGGAACCAACACCAGCACCACGCAGGAGACCGUCGACUCCUCCUCCAAGGACCCGGAGAAAGGCAACUUGGAGAGGAGUGAGGCGCAGGAUCCCACACCCAAGCCGAGAUCAGUCUCUGUCAACGAACUUCAGAAGAAGUUGGAGGAGGAGGUGGACCGCAGAAGGGAGAAGUGGGAGGAGGAACAAGGAAGACACAUCUCUGGAGAGGAAGCUCUCAUGUCGUCUACCAGGAGGAACCUCAUCCAGCAAGAAGGGGAGGGCUCGGUGGCAGAGAUGAAGAAAGCAUUCCCUCGUCACAAGCUGGAGAGAGAGGAUACCACCAAGUCUAACAGUCCCUCCCUUAGCGGGGGUAACUUCCUCGAUGUUCCUCGUUCAGACACCCUCGUUAGCGUCUCCGACAAGCGUCCAGAGGUCUGA